AUGGGGAAGUGUGGCGUGGUGAUGAGAAGCAUGGUCUCAUUGAUUACGACCAAAUUGGCCGAUUUUAAACAGUCGUAUAAGAACACCAAUAUGAAAGGAAGGAUACUUAUUAUCUUUCCAUUGGUGAUAAUCACGUUGUUGUGUGUCUUUAGCCCAUUUCUCUUUCAGAUUGAUAAAAGGAUAAUGAGGUCGGAACGACUUCCAGAGAUAUACAUUAAUAAGAGAGAAAUCUCGAUUGAGAUUGACAGAAUAGCAUUUUUCUGUUUUGUUACACUUGGCAUCUUUUGGUGGGUAGUCACUACGUAUUCAGUGUUAUAUAAAACUAAUACUGGAGUCCAUGCUAACGUUCAAAUGGUAGUGUGCUGUGUGUUGGUAUUACUUACUAAAGUGAGAAGGCCAACUUAUGUUGUUGAUUUCUUCUUAUUAUUUCUCACGUGUAUCUUAGCCGUGUUUACACUUGCACUCCACAGAUUUUUGGUCGAUGAAAAUGAAAAUAAGUUCUUUCCGUUCCAAACGACUUUCGACAAUCUCCAAAACUCUCAAAGCGCUUUAUUUGUAAAUUUUACUUUACAUGGAACUGUAGCUUUUGUUUUGGUAUUAUACGCAGCACUCCCUCAUAUCUUUUUGUCAAUGGUACUCAGAGUUUUAAUGUCUUUUUCUUUUUUAUUAGCUUCGGCUUGUUAUUAUGCGUCGACAAAUUCAUUCACAUCGUUGUUUGUUCUAUUUUUUUAUUAUUUAUUAUUUUAUAUAAUUAUUAUAUAUAAUUAUUAUUUACUAUUAUUAUUUACUAUUAAUGUCAAUAACAAAUCAGCAAAAACAAUUUAUACACAUUCUCCUUUUUAUGUCUAA